CAGCUCACUCAACUCUCUUCUCCGGUAACCUUUUCUCUUGGCUUAUUGAGUUAUGUAUAUGAUUUGUCUUAACUACUGUGGAGAGAUUUCAAUUAUCCGAUCGAAUUAUCAAAUUGAUCCAAACUCGGUGUCACAAGAUUGGAUUAAAAGAAGGAGCCAUGACAAGUCUUAUGAUGGCCACACCAUUCGCAGGUUCUCUCACUCAAUGCAAGAAAACAAAUAACCUCUCCCUUCACAGAGCCUUUAAGGUAACCUCUAUGCAGACACCGUUGGAAGAGCUAUACAACGUUAAAGUGGAGCGGAAAGUGUCACAGAGACGGUUAGAUGAGCUCGGGGUUUCCAGAUGGUCGGUUUGGAAGACUGGGAAGUGCAAACUGCCAUGGGACUGGCAGGUGGAUCAGUUGGUUUACAUAGAAGAAGGAGAGGUCCGUGUUGUUCCCGAAGGCAGCGAGAGGUUUAUGCAGUUUUUAGCCGGAGAUCUUGUUAGGUACCCGAAAUGGUUGGAGGCUGAUCUUUUCUUCAACGAUCCUUACCGCGAACGCUAUUGUUUCAAGGCCUAUGGUGAUGACUGAUUCAAGAAAAGAGUUGAGUUUAGAGGCUUAGAGCCAAUAAAAUUUCCGCUUGUGUUUGUGUUGUUGUAGCCUGAUGGAUCUUUUUGGGGAUGAUAAUAAUAUAACAAUACAAUUUCUCCUCUUC